AAAUUCACUCAAGUCACUCGAAUAACGACUAAUAUGUACUAGCAUCACUAGUCGAGUCUUUAUUCCUAAUUUGUAUAUGUCUCGUCAUAUACAUUUUUAUAAUUUCUGUGAUUUGUUCUCAUAUAUGAAACCCUGUUUUUUAUGUUUCUUGUUUACUGAAUAAUCAUAAUAUGGCUGAGACUAUGAAACAAACUGUUGCCACUAUAUUAAAAAGUAUUGAGAGAUACAAUCCAGCAAAUCUUCAAACUCUCGAAAGAUAUGUGGACAUGCAGUCCCGGGAAAACACAUAUGAUUUGGAAGCCAAUUUGGCUGUAUUGAAGCUUUACCAGUUCAACCCGGAGAAGUUUAAUCCAGACAUCACUUGUCAAAUUCUUCUGAAAGCUUUAACUAACUUUCCCCAUACUGAUUUCACUUUAUGUAAAUGUUUACUGCUAGAGUCUGUGGUUGAAAACGAAACUAUUUCUCAAAUAAAGUAUUUGGCUGAUAUCUUAGAGCAAUGUGAUUUCGCCCAAUUCUGGCACAGGGUGCACCAGAUGCCGGAGCUGUGUAGCCGUAUCAGCGGUUUUCAUGACUCAAUUCGCAAGUUUGUGUGCCAUGUUGUUGGUAUAACAUUCCAAACAAUUGACAAGAAUAAUCUUGCUAAUUUACUUGGUGGAAUUGAUGAUGUCACUUUGAAACAUUGGGUUAAAAAAUAUGGUUGGAGAGAUGAUGGUAACCUCAUCUUUAUUGCCAAUCAGGAUGAAAAUAUCAAGACAAAGAAUAUUACUGAGAAAAUUGAGUUUGAACAUCUGGCUCCCCUAAUGGCUUUGUUGUAAUAUAUAUUUAUAUAUAAAUAAAGUGUCAAAAUCU